GGAAGAAGGAAUGUAUGGAUCUACAACAAACCGAUAAUCAUGACUGAGGAAAAUGAAAGACAUCCAAUUUAGGGUUUGAUUGGCUUGAUGUGAAGUCAAAAAGUUCUAUUGACACGAAAAGUCUUUCUUUAAGUAUACUUUAAAUCGGCCAAAAAAAAAACAAAAACACAAAGCAAAAACCUCCCCAGUUUCCAGUAAAACAAGAGUGCUUCGAAACUAAGCGACAUCGAGAAUCGCAAGUGUUAGUAAUUUCCAUAUUGAUAGCAAUUUCAUCAAAUUAGGAAACCCAUCAGAAUGGCUGAACAAGGAAAUGACUUAGAUUCAUCUUCUCAUGAUACUUUUGACUUGUCCAGAAUUUUUGAAUUGAUUAAUGAAGUUGAUGAUGAUGAUGAUGAAGAUGCGAGUUAUGCUAAAGGGUUGCAAUUACAAGAGGCUGUUGUGGCUUCAAUGAUGAUCAAUAAGCCCCUAGCUUCAUCAUCACUAGUUGUAGUUGAAGAGCCAUCGGAAUCAGCGGAAUUGGGCGAAUCUCUGCAAAUGUUUUGCGAAAUCUGUGCGGAAACCAAACCAGAUGAUCGAAUCUUCAAGGUUCAGAAUUGCCACCAUUUCUACUGUAACGAUUGCAUUGCUAAGCAUAUUGAAGUGAAGCUUCAUAACAAUACACACACUAUUGUGUGCCCGACAGUGAACUGUGAAGAGUUCAUUGAGUUUGAGUCUUGUGAUUCAAUCCUUCCCAAAACUGUGCUGGAAAAGUGGGAUCAAUUGCUCUGUGAAUCAUCAAUUCAAGCAUCCCAGAAAUAUUACUGCCCUUUUAAGGACUGUUCUGCGAUGUUGUUGAAGGAUAGCGAUGAAAUUAUCAGGGAAGCAGAGUGUCCUUCUUGCUUUAGAUUGUUCUGUGCUCAGUGUUCUGUUCCGUGGCAUACGAUUGGGUGUGAAGAGUUUCAGAGACUCGAUGUGAACGAAGGAGCAUAUGAGGAUCUGAUGUUGAAGAAGCUUGUCAAAGAUCGGAGUUGGAACAGAUGCCCUUGUUGCAAAUACUAUGUCGAGAAAACAGAAGGAUGCGGUCAUAUGACUUGCAGGUGCGGUUUCCAGUUUUGCUACUCUUGUGGGGCGACAUGGACUAAUAAUCAUGGCGGUUGUCAGCCCCGGCAGGUGUAGCUUUUUAGAAUUGAAGAUUAAUGGCGUAACGGAUGCCAUAAUGUUGAUACUAGUGAUGAACAAUCAGAUAAUCAGUUAAAACUUAAAGAGGUUGUAGUAGUACAAUGGUGUACUCUAUUCUCAGGGGCUAGUUUCAUUUGAAGGGAAUAACAAUGUUUUUCUUCUUCUUCUUCUUUUUUUUUUUUUCCAAUUUUGAUUUGGAUGUGUUGGCACUGAAGUUUUAAUAUCAGAGGAGUCUCAUCUGACCAUGGCCAAUGUUUGCGAUACUUGAUAUGUGUGGUUCUUUGGUCAUUUUUUUUUUAUCUGAAUCUGCGACUGUAGACUUUAGAGAAGCAUGAGAAAUGUUUUACUCACGUCGCAUCAUCAUCUUGGUCGUGCUUUGUGUAUAAUCGUGUAUGUUCUUAUGGUCACAAUGCAUGAUUUCUGCUUUACCAAGAUCAAAAUUUUCAAUUUCGAUUUCGGUCUGGACAUUGAACGCCUGCUGUAAAUAUUGCUUAUCAGGCUCAUUAGUUUUAAUAGAG